AUGGCCCGCGCCAGGGUCGAAGCUGUCGAUGAUGUCGACAGCUCGCCCGCCAUCCAGACCGUCUCUGAGGAGAAGCCGACCUUGAGCCGCAUUAUGAGCCGCUACGGCGACCAGAUCCCUCAUGAGAUGAUGGAGACGCUUGCUCCCAACGGCGAGGCCGAGUAUAUCCUCGACAAGAUCAACAACAUGUCCGAAGACGAAGCCAUCGCCAUCAUCACCGAGUCGCUCGAAUUUCACUCGGACGACUGGAACUUCCCCUCGGAUAUGCGUGAGCGCAUGCAGAAGCUCCUUCUGGGGCCCAAGGCCUACGGAGAGUUCUACGACCGCGACCUGCGCAUUGAUGCAACCAUGAUGAAGUACUCGUCGCCCUACCCCGGUGUCCGUGCUGUCGCCAGCCCCAUCGAUGAUGAGGUGCCCAUUGAAACGUUCCGCGCCUACUUUCUGGGCAUAGGCUGGGCCAUCAUUGGCACCUUUAUCGCGACCUUCUUCAACUCGCGUUUCCCUGGCAUCAGCCUCGGCAGCUAUGUCAUCCAGAUCUUCUUGUUCCCGUGCGGCAAGUUCCUUGAGAAGGUUCUCCCUGACUGGGGCUUCACCGCGUUUGGCUCGCGUCAUACGCUCAACCCUGGGCCCUGGACGUUCAAGGAGCAGAUGUUUGCCACCAUCACCUACAACAUUGCCAUCUACACAACCAACGCCUACGGCAUGAUCCUUGUCCAGCGCUCUUCCGUUUAUUAUGGCCUCGACUUCAUCCACUUCGGGUACCAGCUGAUGCUUACCCUCUUCACCCAGCUCAUGGGCAUGGGUUUCGCCGGCUACCUCCGUCGCUUCAGUGUGUACCCUGUCAAGGCCCUGUGGCCCACCCUGCUGCCCAUCAUCGCCAUGAACAGGGCUCUCACCAAGGCAGAGCCGCGCGAGAACAUCAACGGCUGGACCAUCUCCCGGUUCAGGUUCUUCCUAUACACCGCCGCCGGCAUGUUCGUUUACUACUGGCUACCCGGUUACCUCUUCACCGCGUUGUCGCAGUUCAACUGGAUGACGUGGAUCGCCCCCGACAACUUCCUCCUUGCCCUGCUGACGGGCUCCAACAUGGGUCUCGGCUACUUCAACCCCAUCACCACCUUUGAUUGGAAUGUCGCCACCUCGUCGUAUCAAGCGCUGUCACAGCCCUUCUUUUGCACGUGCACCAUGUACUUUGGCAGCAUCUUCGGCGGGCUCAUCAUCCUGGCCAUCUUCUACAAGAACGCCUACAACACAGGCUACAUCCCGAUUAAUUCGUCGUCAGCAUUUGCCAACGACGGGACACCAUACAAGGUUCAGAAUGUCGUCACAAACAACAAGCUUGACUUCGACAAGUACCAAGCGUACUCGAUGCCUUUGUACUCGGCAGGCUACAUCCUCACCGUCGCCGCCAACUUCGUCUUUUACCCCGUCUAUUUUCUCUACAUGAUGUUCAACCAGUGGAAGACGGUAUCCAAGGCCUACGUUGACUUUUACAAGGGCCUUCGCUAUGGCAAGGGCAACUACGAGGAUGCAAUGGACGUGCACAGCCGCACCAUGGCCAAAUACAAGGAGGUGCCCGACUGGUGGUUCCUUGUCAUCCUUUUUGGUGCCAUUAUCCUGUCGUGUGUUUUCGUCAGUGUCUACCCGCUGGACACGCCCGUGUGGCUCGUCUUCCUCAUCAUCGGCAUCAACCUCGUUUUCGCGGUGCCCUUGUCCCUGCUUUCUGCGACCACGGGCACCAACCUGAGUCUUGGCACUCUCAUUCAGAUCAUCACAGGCUACCUCCUGCCCAACAACCCGAACGCCUUCCUCUUCGGACAGACCCUUGGCUCGUGGGCUCUGGCGGGCUACGGCGACAACUAUGUGCAAGAUCAAAAGAUGGCUCACUACACCAAGAUGGCACCGCGAGCCGUUUUCCGCUCCCAAAUUGGCACCAUCAUCAUCACUUGCUUCGUCGCCGUUGGAACGCAGAACUUUAUCCUCAACAACGUCGAAGGACUCUGCACCCCAGACCAACCGAGCAGGUUUACGUGUGCCAACGACGGCGCGCCGCUCUAUGCCAACUCACUCAUGUGGGGGCUUCUCGGGUCGGAUCGCAUGUUUGGCCACUUGUACCCAAUCCUGAAGUGGUGUUUCCUCAUCGGCGCGCUCAUCGCGCUCGUCUUCCUCGUGGGCCAGAACUACGGGCCAAAGUACCUCCCGCAGGUCAAGGAGAAGCUGCGUCGGUCGCUCCGCCCAAACACAUUUGCAAAGCUGGACAAGACGCUGUUUCCCUUCGUGGCUUCGUUGUUGUGGCUUAACCCCAUCCUCGUCAUUCAAGGAGUUCAGCACUGGGCGCCGUCCAACAUGUCGUACAAGACCCCAGGUUUCAUCCUCUCCUACAUUUUCAUGUACUGGAUGCCGAGACGUCGGCUGGCCUGGUGGUCCAAGUACAACUACACUCUGUCAGCGGCGCUCCAGGUCGGAGUCGCUGUCUGCGCUCUCGUCAUGUUCUUCGCCGUGUCUUAUCACCCCAAGACCCUGAAGUGGUGGGGGAAUACAGUCAGCGGCGCCGGCAUGGAUGGCAAGCAGAUUGGAAGGUUGCCUAUUCCAGCGCGUGGAUAUUUUGGCCCUGAGAAGGGCACGUUCCCUUAG